GACAGGAGACACAGCAGCUGCGUGGAUGCGCGGAGCCACUAAUGGACUUUGGACUCACUCACUUUUACUGGCGAUGAUUUUAUGACCGGAUUCCUCUCGGGCCGGCGGCUCCUCUCAUCCAACCCGGGGACUCAUCACAACGUGGCACCGUUACGCAUCAAAACACGCGCGCACCCACUCGAGACGUUCUACAUUAGGAAGCACAGGGACAAGGAUCCGUCUGCCUGAGAUGCACACCGGUGCAAUGAAGAGCUGAAGCCUGAGAAUCCAUGUGUGUCCUGCUGAACACACACACUGACGAGUUACAAACACCAGUUUUGUAGCGGUGUGUGUGUGUCUGUGCGCGCGUGUUUGCCUAUGUGUGUGUAUGUAUAUGUGUGUGUAUGUAUAUGUGUGGCCGACCCUGUGCGUCUAUUUGUGCCGGAAAAUUCUGCUGAGGACGUAAACCAAAGAGUAUGAUCCAACUGUCCACCUCAGUCUGCCUGCUAGGAGGCCUCAUAGGCCUGUGUCUGCUUGAACCUGUUCUGACGGCCCUGACACCAGCCAGCAUGUGCACGCCCUUAAGGACGCUCAACGACAGCCUCAGCCACAGGCGACGGUACAUGAAGCACAACUUCCCCAUCAACUACACCAUCAGGGUUCAUCAGAGGGAAGUCUUCAAACUGUCAAACGUCAGCAGAUUGAAGUUACAGGUGGAGGGAUUGGAUGAGCUGGUUCUCCAGAGGCUGUGGUUCCAGGUCAACCAAGGAGUGUUAAAAAGGAUCAUCCGGGUUAUGGCAGAGAGACAUCCCUCGCGGCCGUACACUGCUGAGUUGGAACGACGGUUCAGGGAUGCCGAGGGAGUCUUUGUAGAGUCGCAUCCGGCCGAGGUGUUCCAGAAAGAGCUUCCAGAGAAAAUCCAGGACAUUUGGGAUAGUUUAACAGAAGAGCCUGAAAGAGUGCCGGAGUCCAGCUGGCGAUUCACUUCUCCAAAAUCCCUCCUAGACAACUUCUGCCAAACCAUGUACUGCCUCUUCGGCGAGUGCUUCGCCAGCAAAGAAGCGCCGCAGGACUACUGUGGUGUUUUCCAUCGGAAGAAAGGCAGGAAGAAAGAAGAGAGCUGAGAGGAGUCGAGUGGGGUGAAGGCCCCGUUGAUACUGACUCGCAAUUAUUAUCGUUGUCUCCAUUAAGCUGUUGAGGGUAAAAGGACAACCCACAGUGGAACAAGACAGUUCAGUCCUGAUUCCUGUGAACAUGAAUAAGUCUUUCUCAAUAUCCAGGAAAGAGCCUAGAUUGUGUUGAUGAUACAAUGGAGAUGCUCCAUAAAUCAAAGCAGACUGAAAUAAUAGGCACAUUUACAGUAUUCAUAUUAUUUUAUGAGCAUAUGGACUCUCUACUUUACAUAAAGCUCAUUUUGGAGUCAAGUCUCCAACUCCUUCCAACUCUUUUGUCGCUGAGGAAGCCCAAAGUGUUUUUUGUCAGACGGAUGCUGUAGAAUUUGGGUUUCUAGCUUUGGAAGAGAAUUAUUCAUGUUCACACAGAAGGACUAAACUGAUGUAUGAUCAAUAUAUUAGAUACACUCUCUCCUAAAGUGGAUUAUUUAAGAAGGGGAGUACAGCACAGGCUUCUGAAUCCCAUUCAGUGAUGGGUUAACUUCUCCUGGAC